GGGCAGGGAGCCUGCGCUAACCCUCCGCGGGCCGGGAAUCGGAGAGGUCACCCCCCCAGCAGGGUCACAGUUCCCUGCCUCCGUCCGUCUCCAUCCCACGCCGUUCCUGCUCCCGCCUCCCGCGCGGGGAACCAUGGCAACAGUUGCUACGGCCUAGAGCAGGCGCGCCCCGCCCCAACCCCCUGCGCGAGUCUGCGCGUCACUUCCGCCGGCGACCCCUUCUCGACCCUGCUCCCCCCAACACCUUGUCAAAGGAUCGAAACGACCCGUGGAGGUGCACCACACCAGCUCCCUUCUGGGGGGCGGGGGCGUGGGGGCUGCCAUGGCCCCCAGCCACCUGUCAGUGCGGGAGAUGAGGGAAGAUGAGAGGCCCCUGGUGCUGGAGAUGCUGAAGGCCAGCGUGAAGGACACGGAAAACCGUGUGGCACUCCAUGCUCUGACUCGGCCACCAGCCCUGCUCCUCCUGGCAGCGGCCAGCAGUGGCCUGCGCUUCGUUCUGGCCUCCUUCGCCCUGGCCCUCCUUCUACCUGUGUUUCUGGCUGUGGCGGCUGUAAAGCUGGGCCUGCGGGCCCGGUGGGGCUCGCUGCCUCCACCAGGUGGCCUCGGGGGCCCCUGGGUGGCCGUGCGUGGCUCUGGUGACGUGUGUGGGAUCCUGGCCCUGGCCCCCGGCACGAACGUGGGGGACGGGGCCCGGGUCACCCGCCUCUCUGUCUCUCGCUGGCACCGCCGCAAGGGCGUGGGAAGGAGGCUGCUGGCCUUUGCAGAGUCCCGGGCUCGAGCCUGGGCCGGGGGAAUGGGGGAGCCGCGGGCCCGGCUUGUGGUCCCAGUGGCUGUGGCUGCUUGGGGGGUGGCAGGGAUGCUGGAGGGCUGUGGCUAUCAGGCCGAGGGGGGCUGGGGCUGCAUGGGCUACACACUGGUGAGAGAGUUCAGCAAAGACCUGUGAGGACUGCAACCCCUGAGCUAGGGAAGGGGGCGUCCCUUUCCCACAGCCCUCUGGGAGGGAGGCCAGCACCUGUGUGCCCACAGUGUGCCAGGCACUCUCAUGUCCACUUCCUCAGUGAAUCCCCAGCCCAGCCAGGGCCAGGAACCGGAGGCCUGCAGAGGGCAGGAGCCUGACCUCUGUCUGUCCUUCUGAAGUGUGAAGUGUGUAGUGUUUGAAUUUCUCCGAGUGGAUUGAAUCCCUCUUUCCCUUCCUGGCUCUGGGGGCUGCCAGAAGUCAGCCUGUUCAACCCCCUACCUCAGAUUCUUCCUGCACUGAGAACCCCCUGGUCUGUCUGUCUGCAGGGGCUGUGCUGUUUGCACUUCAGGCCUGGGAGAGGGGAGGGGGGAAGGGGGCUGAGUUAGGAUUUGCACAGAGGCACCCCUGAGGGGACACAGCCUCCCUGGGACUGGAGCGGGGUUGGAUGCUUUCCUUGGAGGAGUCUAGGUUAACCACUUAGAGAGAGCCAGGGGUGGGGGUGGGGCACAGGGCUGCUGGGCCUGGCCUGUCUGGGAAGAUCCGAGCUGAGGGGCAGCCCUGUCCCUUCCUCCAGAUCCAUCUGCCUUUUUACACUGUUUGUUAAUAAAGCCUGAAACUGCUGUG